AGCAGGAGGAAACAUGGGGAGAACCGUUUUUCUUCUCAUCUCUGUGGUGCUUGUAGCUUAUUAUGUUUAUAAACCUCUUCCAGAUGCUAUUGAAGAGCCUUGGAAACUAGUAUGGCAAACUACACUUCCAAAAAUAGCAACAGAUUUGGCUUCUUUUGUCGAACUUUUGGGAAUCAGUCAUUUCAUGGACACGAUGCGAUUACUUAUGACAUUUCAGGAAGUCCCACCCACAUCUGAUGAGAAUGUCACGGUGAUGGAGACAACUUUUGACAGUGUUCCUGUUCGCAUAUACAUACCCAAAAGGAAGUCAACAACACUCAGGCGUGGCUUGUUUUAUAUUCAUGGUGGUGGCUGGUGUUUGGGAAGUGCUGCUAACUACAUCUAUGACACUCUAUCGAGACGGACAGCCCAUAAACUUGAUGCUGUUGUCGUGUCAACCGACUAUGGCUUAGCCCCAAAAUACCAUUUUCCAAGACAAUUUGAAGAUGUGUAUAGUAGUUUACGAUGGUUCUUGCAAGAAGACAUUCUUGAAAAAUAUGGUGUAGAUCCUAGAAGAGUCGGUGUAUCUGGGGACAGUGCUGGUGGAAACUUAGCUGCAGCUGUGACCCAACAGCUUCUACAGGAUCCAGAUAUCAAGAACAAACUCAAGGUCCAAGUCUUAAUAUAUCCCGCCCUUCAGGCUCUUGAUAUGAAUGUACCAUCACUACAAGAGGAUGCACAUUUUCUGUUGUUAACCAAGUCAUUAAUGGUCAGGUUCUGGAGUGAAUACUUUACUACAGACCAAGACCUGGAGAAAGCCAUGCUUCUCAACCAGCAUGUACCCAUGGAAUUCAGCCAUUUGUUUCAGUUUGUGAAUUGGAGUUCCUUGCUCCCUGAGAGAUAUAAGAAAGGUCACUUUUAUAAAAAUCCUUCUCCUGGUAGCUCUGAGCUUGCUCAAAAAUACCCAGGGUUCAUAGAUGUAAAGGCAUGCCCUCUGUUGGCCAAUGACAAUAUAUUGCAUCAUUUACCUCCGACCUAUAUUAUCACGUGUCAGUAUGAUGUCCUAAGAGAUGAUGGGAUCAUGUAUGUCAAGCGACUGCAGAAUGUUGGAGUUCAUGUGACUCAUCAUCAUAUUGAAGAUGGAUUCCAUGGAGCAUUUACCUUUCCUGGUUUAAAAAUUGCAAAUAGGAUACAAAAUCAGUACUUUAAUUGGCUUAUCAAAAAUCUGUAGCAAAGCCUGCAAAAUGAUUUAUUGAAGAUACAUAAACAACAAAAUAAAAAAUAAACUAGCAAACAU